AUGUCGGUGCGUACUCGGGUUGUUGCGAGAAUGGGACUGUUUCACAAAACGGCAGAUCGCAUAAAAAUUACGGAAGAGGCGUUCCCUUCACAAUUGAAAAUUUGCAUAGACCCUCCUCCCGAAUCAACCAGACAAACUAGAAAUGGCGUCACACCAUAUGCACACGAUGUGCACCAAAAAGACAUGAGGCACAUCACAUCACACACGCAUCGAUAUUUCAUCGCGAGUGAGACACCUGUCAAGAAGAAGAAAUUGAAAUUGAAAAAUUCAUUUGUCGUCUCGUUGCGCUAUGAAGAAGUAAUUCCAAGAACUCUGGGAAUAUUUGGUCGAGAAAAAAUCAAUCAAUCAAUGUACGGUGCGAUAUAA